AUGGAUGGGUUUGACGAGGCAAAAAUGAAACAGCUCCAGCUGUUAAAGGAAAAAAUGAAAAUAGCAAAAGCUCAAAAAACUGAUGAUAUUUCUAAAAAAGUUGAAGAUACUUUUUCUCAUGAUGUUCGAAAUGUUCGAUCUUUUGAAAGUGAAGAUAUGAAAUUUAAUAAACCCGGAAAAAAAAUAUUUGAUAUAUUUUCAACAAAUAAAAAAAUAUUACAUCCAAAAACGAACCGAAAUAUUUUUCAGCAAUCAAAAAGUGCCACAAAUUUGUCUUUUAAAACAAAAAAUGAAAAUGGGGUAUUGGUUAAUGAUACUGAAGUAUUUGACACUCCUCUUACUUUUGAAGAAGUUAUGAGACGAAAAAAUGAAAAAAAAAAAUUACAAGUAGAGAAAAAUUCACAAUCCAUUUUUUCUGAUAUCUUAAAUAAUAAACAAGAUAACAUGACUCCCGAAAAAGAAAAUAAAAAUAAUAUGAUUUCAACAUUUAAUGGAACGACUUACAAUACUACUAAUAAUAGCAAUUUAGGAGAAUAUCAUGGGUUAGAUCAAAAUAAUUUUAAUAUUGAAUGUUCUGAAAAAAACUCUACAUAUACAGGUACUAUUCCAACAAAUAAUAAUAGUUCUGAUCAUAUUAAUAAUCGUAUCGGUAGCGAUUUAAUAAAAAAUCCAAAUGUGGUAAGUUCAGGAAAUAUUAAUACUAAACUAGCUUUGGAAAAUAAAGAAAUAAAAAAUUCAAGUUCUCUAAAUUUAAAUACUUUUAAUAAUUUAUUUCAAGAAAAUAAUCUAAAAAACCAAAGCAAUCCAAAUAAUACCAAUAAUAUAAAUAAUAAUACCUUUUCUCAACAACGGAAUAUAUUAAGUGAAAGUUUGCCUCUUAAUUUUGAGAGUCAAAAUGCAAGAAUGAAUAUUUUAAAUAAUGUUAAUAAUAAUGAAAAUAUUUCAAACAUAAAUACUAAUAAUAUAGGAAAAUUUAACAACACCAAUAAUAGUGUUAAUAAUUCUAGUAGCAGAUUAUUUGAUAUGAAUUUAGGUGGCCAAAUGAAAGAUUUUCAACAAACACAACAACCAGCUAACAAUAAUGCUUCACUUUUUGGUGGUGCACACAAAUUAAAUGAAUUUAACCUGAACAAGUCAGACAAUUUUAAUAAUUCAAAUGGUGGACUUAAUAACAGCAUGAACAAAUCAGGUAUUUUUAACAAUUCAAGUGGUGGAUUUAAUAACAGCAUGAGCAAAUCAGGUAUUUUUAACAAUUCAAAUAGUGGACUUAAUAACAAUAUGAACAAAUCAGGUAUUUUUAACAAUUCAAAUAGUGGACUUAAUAACAAUAUGAACAAAUCAGGUAUUUUUAACAAUUCAAAUAGUGAACUUAAUAACAAUAUGAACAAAUCAGAUAUUUUUAGCAAUUCAAAUGGUGGAUUUAAUAACAACAUGAACAAAUCAGAUAUUUUUAGCAAUUCAAAUGGUGGAUUUAAUAACAACAUGAACAAAUCAACUAUUUUUAGCAAUUCAAAUGGUGGAUUUAAUAACAACAUGAACAAAUCAACUAUUUUUAGCAAUUCAAAUGGUGGACUUAAUGACAAUAUGAACAAAUCAGGCAUUUUUAGCAAUUUGAGAAAUACCAUAAAUAAUGCUGAUUGUUCCGAAAGUAAAAAUAUGAGCAAUGCAAAUAAUAUUUUUAAUAGUAAAUCCAAUACUGGAAAUAUGGGCAAUUCAUAUGGCAGCAUAAUAAAGCCAAAUGGCACAAACAAUGCAAAUAUCACGAAUAACAAUGAAAAUAUUAAUAAUUACAACGAAGGGGCUAAAUUUAUAAAUUCAAAUUCCCAAAAUAAUAUGUUUAAUAAUACUACCCCUAGUAACGCAUCAUCUAUAUUUAGUAAAACUAGUAGUUUAUUUAACAAAACGCCACCUCGAGAAGCUAAUAUAUUUGGAACCACAGGGAAUAAUGCAUUAAAAAAUUUUGCUAGUGAUAAUAUUCCUAAUAAUCAAUUUAAUAAUACUAUAAAUUCAUCCAAAUCUAGUGGAAAUGUUAUUUCAAAUGAAAAAAACAUAUUUACGUCGUCAAAUACUAAUCAAACAAUUUUUGGCGCCAAUAUUGUUCCCACUACUUCUACUAUUGCUAAUAAUACUGUUCAAAAGCAGAAUAAUAUAUUUGGUAAUAGCAUUGGAAAUAAUAAUAACUUCCCACAAAACUCUUUACAAAAUAAUAUUUUUAACAAAGAAAAUAACGCUGAUAAAAAUGGUGUACAUAACAAUGUGCAUAAUAGUGUGCAUAACAAUGUACAGAAUAGCGUACCGAAUAGUGCACAGAAUAGCGUACCGAAUAGUGUGCAAAAUAAAAACAUAUUUUCACCCAAUAAUAACAUAAAUAAUUCUGUGGGCUCUAAACUUAAUUUUUCGAAUGUGAAUUCAAAUGCCAUGCCAAAUAAUAAUGAACAACUAAAAAUUAUGAAAUUUAAAAAUACGUUAUCACAAGUAAAAAACAUGAAAAUGAAUUCACUAAAUAAUACGCCUAUUCAAAAUUCGAGCAAUUUUCCAAUAAAGCAUGGUGAAGUUUCUACAAAAAAUGAAAAUGAUUUUAGUAAUAAGUUAAGCAAUAAUCAAGAAAUUGGUGAACAAACAAAUAAUGUGCAUCUUGCAAAAACUAAUUUAAAUGAUAAUAAAGUAUGUACAAUUUCUGACCAGAAUACAAAUUCAGAUAAUGUUGCUGAUCCUUCCUCAAAUAAUGUUAAUGAUUAUAAAGAAGGAAAUAAUCUUCGAAAAACUAUAUCAACAUAUUUUAACAAUUUAAUACCAUCCAUAUUUUCAAAUUCUAGCAAGCCUGAUCAUAGUACAAACAAUGUCAAAGAACCGAAUACAAAUAAACCCACCGAAACAUCUGUACAUUCUGGUGAAAUAAAUAAUAAUGAUAACUCUAAAUCUCAUAAUUUAAAUGAGGAAAUUAAAAACACAGAAUCUAUUAAUAAUAGUUUUGUCGAAAAUGCUAAUACUGUAAAAAUGAUACCACAAAAAUGUAAUGAAAAUAAUGUGGCCAAUAAUAAUUUUUCAAAUAAAUUUACCCUUGAUAGUAAUAGAGGAAAUAUAAAUCUUGAAAAUAAAAAAAUGGAUUCUGCGUUUUCGAGCGCAAUCAAUACAAACGCCCAAAAUAGUGGAAACGCCCAAAAUAGUGGAAACGCCCAAAAUAGUGGAAACGCUUCAAAAAAUGGCAACCUUCCCAACAGUGCCAACCUUCCCAACAGUGGAAAACCUUUAUUCCUUAACCAAAACAGUAGCUUAUUUGGUAAGGAGCAAGAUAAAAAUGUAUUUGUUAAUGGCAAAAAUGUUUUUGGAGAAAAUAACAUUUUUUCAAGUAAUAGUAAUCCCGGUAUAAAUGUAAAUAAACUAUCAAGCUUGAAUAAUAAUAAUAAUAAUAAUAGUUUUCAAAAUAGGCCAAAUAACAAAGUUUUAUUAUCUUUAUCAAGCGAUAUGAAAACAAAUUUAAAUGAAAACAAUUCAAUUAAGAAUGCGAAAGGAGUUUCAAAUAUGACUAACAAUACGGUGGAGAGUCAUGAUAUUUUCCAAAAAAAUAAAAAUAAUAGUUUUAUUAAUUUAAAUUCAGAAAAUUUUGAAAAUAAAGAAGAUUUUGAAAAACUUGAUAAAAUAUAUAAAAACAUAAAUUGUAUAGAUAAAAAUAUAAAUUAUAUAAAUAAAUAUGCACCUGAAAAUAUAAACAAUACAAAUAAAUAUAUUGAUGGCAAUAGUAAUGCCAUUAAAAAUUAUGAAGAUUUAUCUGCAGCUAGUAAAUUAUUAUUAGAUAAAAUGAACAAUCCAGAUAAUACAACAGAAUCAAAUAAAGAAAUGAAAGCAAUAAUAGACCAAUUAAAUAAAAAUAUAAAUAAAAAUGUUGAAGAAAUUGAUAAAUAUGAAGAAAAUAAAGCUAAUAAUAAAUUACAUGAAAAUAAAAUAAAUAUAAGAAAUAGUGAAAAAAGUAGUAGCUUAAAUAAUAUGAUAUUAGGAAAAACUUUAUUUGACACACAAAUGAAAAAUAAUGGAAUUGAAAAAUCAGGAACUCUAGGAUUUAAUAUCAACACUAAUGAAUUAACUCCAAUUCAAAAAUUAAAAUUAAUUAAUGAAACAUCAAAAGAAAUUUCUACAAAUGAUGAGUCAGAUUUAAAUGAAAUGAUACCUGAACAUGUUCAGAAAAUUAUGAAAAGAAGAGAAUAUUUUAAAACAAAAAAUAAAUUAUUAAAAACAGAAACUGAUCAAGCAAGUGUAAAAAAAAUUAAACCAUUUGUUCCAACAAAAUAUAGUGAAUCAUUUAGAAAUACAUUUUAUACAAAUGAAAAUAAUAAAAAUAAUAUUUUUUCGUUAAAAAAUUUAAAUACUAUGGGUAUAUUAGAUACAAAAAAUAAUAAUGAAAUUGUAUCUGAAAAUGUACAAAAUAAUCCAGAUAUUCAAAAUGUAGCAUAUAACAAUGAUUAUAAUACACAUACAGAUGUAACUGGAAAUUUAAGAAAUGAUAGUAACGCUAGUAAUAGUAGUGAUUGUAGCAAAUUUUCUCAAAAGAUAAAUAAUAUAUACACUAAUGAACAUAUUGUAAAUAUGGAAAAUGAAUUAAAUUCACAAACUGAUUUUGUAUCCAAUAUUUAUAAAUCUUUGGAUAAAGAAAAUUAUAUAUAUGGAAAACGUGAUAGAAAAGGUUUUAAUAUUGAUGAUAAAAAUUGUAUAAAAAAUGAUAAUAACAACUCUAGUGAAAAUGUUUCAAAUUAUGUAAAUAAUAAUUUAAUGCCUGAACAUGAAUAUUUAAAUUGUGAAACAAGAAAAAAAAAACAAAAAUCAAAUUCAGAUAUAGAUAAUGUAAAUAAUGAAGAUAAUACUUCAAAAUUAUCAAAAGAAAGCAAUAAUAAUACAUUUUCUAAUAUUGCAAAUUAUGUAAAAAAUAUCAGAGAUUCAAAUACUUUAAAUGAUAUAUCAAUGAAUUUAACAAAAUAUACUUUUCAAAAUGAAAAGAUUUUGUGUGAUAUAAUUAAUGAAAAUUUUAAUAUGGCAUUGAAAAUAUCUUCCUUAAAUGAUUUGCCAUUUUUAUCUGAAGAUUUUUCAUAA